AUGAGGGCAGCUCUCCCCCUGCUGCUGCUGCUGCUGCUUUUAGCCAGUGCUGGUGCCAUGCACCGAGGCAAAGCUUACAUCCGGGACAAGGUCUGCCAGGAGUUCAACACCCUGGGGAAGGAGGAAUUCCGGACCCUGAACAUCAUAGCCAAGAGCAGGAAGUUCUCCAACGCCACCUUUGAGGAGAUCCAGCACCUGGUGCAGGAGAUCGUCUCCCUAGCUGCCACCUGCUGCGCAGACACUGCCGACCCCUCCUGCUACGACGCUGGGUCCUCAGCUCUGUCAGCCAAGUCCUGCAGCGGGACCUCUCCCUUCCCCUUCCACCCGGGCACCGCCGGCUGCUGCAGGCAGGAGGGGCUGGAGCGGAAGCUGUGCCUGGCAGCCCUGCGGCACCCCCCGCAGCAGCUGCCACGCUACCUCCAGCCCUCCAACCAGGAGCUCUGCCAGGCCUUCAAGAAGGACCCCAAGGACUUUGCAGACCGGUUCCUCUACGAGUAUGCCAGCAGCUAUGGCCAGGCUCCCCUGCCCGUGCUCCUGGGCUCCACCAGGAGCUUCCUCUCCAUGGUCUCCACCUGCUGCAUCUCCCCUGUGCCCACUGCCUGCUUCCUGAAGGAGAAACUGGCAAGGAAAACCCUGUCCCUGCUGACCCUGCUGUCCAACCGGGGCUGCUCCCGCUUCAGUGCCUAUGGCAAGGACAAGGUCACCCUCAGCUUCCUCACCUCACUGGCUCAGAAGAUGCCUGCAGCUUCCUUUGAGGACCUCUUCCCCCUGGCAGAAGAUGCUGCUGAGGUGUUCUCCCAGUGCUGCGACUCGGUGGCCGAGGACUGCAUGCAGAGAAAGCUGUCGGAGCACACAGCCAAAGCCUGCGGUGCGCUGUCGGCUCGAGACGAGAGGGUUGCCAACUGCUGCAAGGGCAAGAACCUCAUGGAGAACUACUUCUGCAUCUCUGCUUUGCCACCAGCACCCGCCCCCAAGCUGCCCGAGGUGCCCAAGCCUCUGGACAAGCAGCUGUGUGGUGAGGAGGGGGCAGGCCACGCCAAGAGGUACCUGUUUGAGCUGGCACGGAGGCAGCCCAGCCUCCCCGAGGCUGCCCUCAGCAUGCUCUACGAUGCUUAUACCAAAGCCAGGGAGGAAUGCUGCUCUGCCAAGGACCCCUCCAGCUGCCUGCAUGCCAAGCGCCAGCAGAUGGGGGAAAAGCUUCCUCUCUUCCUGGAGAAGGCCAACCAGCUCUGUGACCAGUACACCCAGUUAACUUUCCUUGACUUCAAGAAGAGGCUGCAGGAGAGCUUGGCAGAGGCAGUGCCCAAGGCCAGCGCGGAGCUGCUGGGGCAGCUGGUGGAGCAGCGAGCUGACUUCGCCUCCACCUGCUGCCCCCACAACUCACCUCCCCUCUACUGCUCCUCCAAGGUGAGCUCGCAGCUGGGAGAGUUGUGUGCUGGAGGGUCCUGCCUCCUGGGUUAGGUGCCCAGAGCUGAGCAGCCAGAGUGGGGGUCUGGUGCCAGGGACCACUUCUCUGGUCAUAGAUGAUGGGAAGAGGGAGAGAAGGGGCUGGGAAGUGUGGCUGAGCUCUGUGGGGCACACGGGGAAGCAGGACCUCGAAGUGGAGCAAGAAGGAACUGGGCUGGAGGAUGCUCCACAGGGGGAUACUUCUCCUUGCACCUGGAGAGGAAGGUGCCCCCAAGCCUGCUGCUCCCCACCACCAUCACCAUCGAUGGCUUCCUGCAAUAAAGACU